UGACAUUUCUCAGUUUGGGUGCGAUCGCCCACGCAGCGUUUACAGUUUCACGCCGCCAUCCUGAACGUCUGCAAGCACACCCCGACGUCUCCCUGACCGUCGCUGGUCAUGCCUUACAGGUCCCGUCUCUCGUUGGCUAGUGCGAUGACCACUUCCUCCUCGAAUCACGUCGAAAAGGAUGCUCCGGCGAGGGGCACCACGGGAGCUGCUACACCCCAAGACGAUGAUGAAGAGGGACUACCGCCUCCAGUGCAGGCAGACUACCCAGACAGACGGCCGAAGAAGAAGACAAGGAUAAGCCUGGGGUUGCACGUACGCUGGGAUAGGUUUCUCCGGAAGCUUGGAUCUGGCACAGCGCCGUCGACGUCCUCAGCGUUGGACGAAAGCUCAGGGGACAGCACGGGAUACAACCGGUCGAGAGGGGGAGCUGCUGGUAUGGACGAAGAGGAAGAGGUCGAUGAGGUGGUGGUCGACCGAGAGUGGUCGGGGGAAAUCAAGAGCAGCGUACACUCUGACCAUGGAGGGAGUCCAGAGAAGUCGCACGGUAGCAACCCCCAGCUGGGCCAUGGCGGGACGAGCACCGACAGAGACAGCUUGGCCAUACACGCCGACGGCUGCUGGGCCAACUAUACGCUUCUCAUUUGGCUCCGUUAUCGAAUAUGGCCAGCAGCAUACGGGUUCUUCUACACCCAUUUUCUGGACGAAAAGUCUGAGAAUCAUUAUAGGAAGGAGAACUGGUUCCUGCGCAAGUCAUUAGCGCUUUGGGCCGCGGGGUUCUACAUCGUCAACUGGGCUCUUGCGGUAGCCUUCACUCCAAAGCACCCAGGAGACCUUGCAGACAUAAUAUUUUUCUAUGGCAUCUCACCUGCCCUUACGUUCCCGCUGUUCUUCAUGGUUGUAUACGACUUCCCGCGAGAUCGUCCGGUGUUGUAUCAGAUCUACCUGGCGUGUUCGACAUGGAUGUGGAGCAUAUAUCAGAUCGUAUUUAUUUUCUGGUGCGGGUUUUACACCAACGGCGUAGCCAGCCCAAUCAACUGCGAAGGUAAAGACUUCUUGACCACGUUUUACUACACCUCUGCCAUGCAAACUAUCGCGCUAUUUGGUCUGAGCUUGAACCGCUUCCCUGCGAUGGUCGGAAUUGUAGUGUUCACAGCACUCUCGUUUGGUCUUGUAGUUCCUCAGAAGACGAGUUUCGUGCGCAACGUCAUAAACUUCAUCAUUUUCCAGUCCUUCCUUCUCUAUAUACACUACAUGCGUGAGAAUGCUGAGCGUCGCCUGUACACUCUUAGAGAUCAACUCAAGAUCCAGUUUCGUGCGACACAGAAAGCACAAGUUAAUGAGCGCAAAGCCUCGGAUUCGAAGCGUCGCCUUACAUCCUACGUCUUCCACGAGGUCCGUGUCCCCUUGAACACAGCGCUGCUGGCCGUACAAAACAUGGAGGCCUCCGGCACGAUUGCUAGAACACAGGACAUCGAGUUCAAGGCGCUCGAAGGAAGCUUGAGCAUGAUGUCCAAGGUACUUAAUGAUGUGCUAGACUUCAACCGCAUGGACAGUGGCCGCUUUGAGAGCGUCUUGAAGCCAUACGCCUUCCAUCAGGUCAUGCGCUCGCUCUUCAUACCUCUGCGAUUGGCUACGGACGCCCGCGGGCUCGAGUUUGUCACAGAUUUCGACAGGAAUAUCAACGGAGUUGCGCGUAAGGCACUGUUAGAAGCGCGGGGCGAGAGCGCGGAGGCUAUUGCGAAGCAGCUUUUUGAAAAUCCAGAUGAAGACGGUAUUGUCGUCGGGGACGAGACACGCCUUCGGCAGAUCAUAACGAACUUAGCGAGUAACGCGUGCAAGUUUACGCCCGCCGGAGGCAAACUCAUGAUUACUACGAAGCUCGUGAUCCCAAAUCUUCAGCCAUCAGAGGACGAGAAGGAGCCGGAGGAGAUUGAGAAAGAGCAUCGUGAUAUCUCCUCUCCCGGAAUCACAGAGAAGGGCAGCAGUUUCGAUGUGCCGAGCACGACUGCUGCCGGUAGCGAGCGUCCUGGCGAGUUCUCCGUCCCUCGUCCCUUGUGCUUCGUCCGCCCCGCUGACAAUGUGUCAGACAUCAUGGAUGAGAAGCACUCCGAGACUCGUUCUGACAGGCGUCGUCCAGGGCUGUCGCGCUCCCUACUCUCGCAGCACGACGUCAUGUACUCGAAGCCGACACCGCUUGAGUGGAUUGUCGUGCGCAUCGAGGUCACUGACACGGGAUGUGGCAUUCGGCCCAAGGACAUGGUUCAAACUAAGCUAUUCUCUGCUUUCAAUCAGACCGAGAUGGGCAGACAGCAGGGCGGAAAGGGUACCGGCCUCGGGCUGGCUCUUGUUCGCCAAAUUGUUAAGCGUAGCGGUGGCCGUCUCGGCGUACGGUCGAAAGUCAACGAAGGGUCGACAUUCUGGGUCGAACUGCCAUUGGGUGUCGGUAGCAAAGUUGCAGCCGGCCUGAGCACGCCUGACGCAGGGAAAUUUUAUUCAGAACUCAGCACACCUGGCGACCGACCCGAUUGUGGGUCUCCCCGUGUGUCGAUGUCGACGAGGAGUUCGUUGCCAGUCCUAUCUCCUAUACCGUCACCACAGACAGAGCCUUUUCGCUCUUCGUCCGUUUCUGUGCUACACGGUAUCAUGGACCAAGGAGGAAUGGUCGAGAUCUCAACAAAGAAAGACGGACAUGGCCGACCUCCGACCCGGACAAUCGGCGACCCUUCGACAGGAACGGAGCCAACUCGCACGCGGUCUUUACUGACAGGAGGAACCUCGUCUCCUGAGCCGCAGACACCUCCCGAGCGUUCAGCACCACUCACCGAAGAGUCGCCCGACCCGACGAUCAAGCCUACCCGACUGGAGCUACCAAAACCCAGCAAUUUUGUCAUCGAGGAACACAUGCGUGAGACCACUUCUGUCAACGGUAACGCCGGCGCCGUCGCGCAGGGUCUCACCCCUGGCAGCACUAUGUCGUCCGGCUCUGCAUCAACGUUGGUAGGGUCGUCGGCACAGUUCGAGAGCGGCAUGCGCGUGCUGGUCGUCGAUGACGACCCGCUCACACGCAAGCUCAUGUCGCGCAUGCUCACACGUCUCGGCUGCAAGGUGACAACGGCGGAAAACGGCGAGAUCGCCCUCGACCUGAUACUCAACCCUGCCGCACGCCCGACGCCGUCGUCUGAGGAUACGGGCAGCAGCGGGCUCGUGUCGAACGACGGCCAGCUGACGACCGACGAGCGGUACGCGGUUGUCUUCCUUGACAACCAGAUGCCAGUCAUGUCCGGCUUGGAGGCAGUGGCGAAGCUGCGCCGGAGGGGGCGCAAGGAUUUCGUAGUCGGCGUGACUGGCAACGCCCUCUUGACGGAUCAACAAGAGUACCUGGAUGCUGGAGUAGAUCAUGUCCUCACGAAGCCUGUACUUGAGAAGAGUUUGAAGGCGAUGCUUGCUAUCGCUGACGAACGCCGGAAGCGCGGCACGCACAUACACGAACGCUCGAUGUCGCCUUCCUCAUAGUAAAAGCUACGUACCCGGUACCCCCGGGCCAUCUUAAUGUUCCUUCAAAAUAUCUUAUAUCCUCGUUCGUUUCGGGUUGCUUGUUCGGGUUGCAUCAUUGUCGCACGCUUAUCUUGGACUAUCUCACACAUAUAUUCAUGAUAUCCGUUAUCACGACACACAUCACUACUAACACUCAUGAUAAUGUAUGCCCUACAUAUCCUAGCUGUACCUCGUAUUUGUAGUCAUAUUAGUCGAAUUUUCCACGCCUCACACACGCAAUUAUGUUACUGUGCAUUCAUAGUUUCCAAUUGACAUCCUCUGCAGAACAGAUCUAGUGCCAUAGAGAAAGUUCACUUACGCUAUGGCCCGCAGCUCAGCGUACAUUGAAGUUGAAGUACAGUACUCUUGAGUUGACACCACAGACUCAUGAUAAAUAAAGACCGGACACUAGUACUACUAGCUCAACGGGAAACGCACAAGCACAGGCGGUGCGCCGCUGCAUGCUGUGACACAGCGAACGAAAGGGUUCACAAGCGUGAGGUUAUACCGGCACGUACUACAAAGUGCACGUUGUGUAAGACCAUGGGGCAAAAAUGUUCAAAUGUACACUAGUACGUCUGUCGCGGAAAGAGUAUAGAAGACGAGAAAGCCCGAGAGGAAUGAAAACGGGUAGCGGUAGGCGAUUCCCCAGAGAAGCCAGUUCUAGCAAUCUUCCCCCGACCGCUGCCCCUUUGCCACGUACACGCACACGCGUCCGCCACCCCGGGCUCGAAGCUGCGGCGGCACGGCAGAGCGUACGAAAGAAAUGAAUAACCAGAGAGCACGGAAACGGAGCAAGGUGUACAAGGAAACAUGUGGUGUGCACUUUCACUGCGUUCUAUGAGACAGGGUAUAUGAAAGCUCGUGCAAUCAGCUUAGAUGCCAGCGUAGGCGUCGUCAUCGUCAUACACGGUGUACGCAGAGGGCGGGCGUGCUGCGGGGGCGCCAUUCGUGGUACGAUGGACGGGCUCGGGCGCAGCGGGUGAUCUGACACCCGCGGCAUGCGUCUCAUCCGGGAACUCCACGGAGGCGGAGAGCGGCGAUGGUCCGUGAGCGGCAGGUGACGACGGGAACUCCAAUGACACAGGGGAGAACAACGAAUCCUUGCCAGAGAACUCGGGCAGCUUGGGCGGCGUAGAGUCGAUGCGCGACUUGUUUGAAUACGCCGGGGACGGCGGGCGGGGCAGGUCAUCAGGGUUAACAAUAGGCAUGCUGUGCUCUUCGGCGCGAGGGUCGGAGAAUGGAGAGCCGACAUCUUCAACGGGGGACGCGACGAAUGCACCGGGUGCGUUGCCAAGGACUGGGGACAUGAUUGGGGACACUCUGCCUUGGGUGCUCACAUUCAACGGGCGCGGCUCGGUAACCGAGGGGACGACCUGAUCUUCCUUCGUGAUGAUUUCAUCAGCUGCCGCAACAACGAGCGGAGUGGGCAGAGGCAGGGGAGGCUCGGUCCGGAGAUGGCCGGAGAUCUCAGCAUACUGGGCAGCCUGGUAUGGCGAGACGCUGGAGCGGUUGAGGUCAAUGUAGUCGGUUUCCGUAAUGUCGAGUUGUGUAGCAGUCGCAGUCAUCGAAGAUUGACGUGUCGCGAAGCUGGAGCCACCAGGCUGCAAACUGAGCGGCACGUUUGAUGCGGUAGAAUUCUGGCGAAGCGGAAUGUUAGGACCAAGCGAACCUUGCCUGACCGGAGAAAUUGGGUUCAAAGAAUCCUGGCGGUUAAGCAUGUAGUCCGCGCCGUUAGAACCUUGGCGACUAAGCAUGUGACUCGCGCCAUUCGAGACCUGACGACUGAGCAUGUAAUCAGUACCGUUUGAGCCCUGGCGGUUGAGCAUAUAGUCCGUUCCAUUUGAGCCGUGGUGUUCAAUAUAAGCACUAGCCUGCUGUUGAGCGAGCUGACCUUGAGGGUUGUAGGCAGAAUUGUAUGGACCGGGGCUGACCGGGGAGCCGAGAGGUGUCUCGCCCAUGGGCUGGAAAAACGGCUGCGCCGAAUGCGAAGUGACGGGAGACCAAGCUUGAGGGGGCAUCGAGAUCACCUGAUCAGGGCCAAACCCGCCCGGGUAAGGGGAUCCAUAAUAGCCUUGGUCUACAUACUGCUGCUGACCGCCGAAGGAAAUGGGACCGCCAGUCAUGUGGGGUACAGCCGUGGGCGGCGGCGGCGGGGUCAUACCGCGGAACUCACGUGGAGUAGGCUCGUCGGGGAGGAACAUGGAUUGGCGUCGCAGAAUAUCUUCUUCUUCAUCACGGCCGGAGCGACGCUGCACGCCGUGUUAGGAAGU